UCCUUAGCCGCAGGCUGGUGUCCCAGAACAAACAAAGACUCAUAAAUUCUCCGAAAAGGAAAAAAAUGAUAAGGAGGUCGACACGAUGUGAGCCAAUCAUCUUCUUCUCCUCCGUUUAUCCUCUGCUACGCCCAGAAAUCUUCGCCUCCUGCAGAUUCUCACUCACAGGUGCGCUGUUCUACAAUUCAUAACAAAGCAAUGACAGAGGUGAAUAUUGGAGGUGAAACAAGAGUAGGGUCUGUGAAAGCUGCCAUUAACAUGUAUGGACAAAGAGCUUUCAGAAACAGCUCCGCUCAAGUGGAUUCCACAGCCCCCAAGUCCUCUUCCGCUGCGGAGAAUCUGCAUAAGUCAAGGAGGCAACUUGGUAUCUACAGUGAGAGCAAGAAAGCUGCAGAAUCCUUGAUAACCAAAGCAGAAGCCGAACUGUCCAACGUCAAGAACACAGUAAAGGAGCUAACUUUAUCGAUAGAGAAAUCGAACUGCAAUGCAAAGUCUGACAAAAGAGACAUGGAGGCUUUGAAGAAGUCAAGAAUACAGAAAGAAGUCGAUGAUGAUGAUGACAUGUAUGUGGAGGUUAUGAGAGAACUGGAGGCUGUGAAACAAGAACUGAGCAAGCUGAAGCUUGAUGUAGCUUCAGUUGUGGGACAGAAAUCUGCUGCAGAGAAAGAAAUUCUGGAUUGGGGGCUUAAGAUGGAAGUGAACUUGAAAUUGGUUGAGAGUCUCACGAAUGAGAUUGAGGUGGCAAAUGAAGAACAGGUUUUAGUUGAAUUGGCAAAGAUCGAGGCUUUGCAGGAAUAUAAAGAGAUAGAGGACCAAAGAGAGGAAAAAAACAAAGAAUUUUUAGUUUCGUUGGAGGAAAGGAAGAAGAAAAUCAAGGAAAUGAUGGAAGAGGUGGAGAGAUCAAAGGAGAUAGAGAAUGAGUUGUCGGUAACAUUGUCAGAUGUUGAAAUGUUAGAAAUUCAACUAAAGCUUGUUAAGGAAAUGGAGAGGAAAGUCCGGAGAAGUGAUAGCUUGUCAAGAUCCCGGCGUUCUUUCAAAAGAGAGAAGGACAAUUUAUCGGUAUUGAAAGAACUUACAGAAGAGAUGGAAGCCAAGAAGGAAGAACUCAGUUCUAUCAAUGCAGAAGUCUUUCAGCUCAUGAGUGUAAUGGAUGCCUUAAGAAAUGAGCUUAUCCAAGCCAAAGAAGAAACAGCUCGGUUUGAAAAAAUCGUACAGAAGGAUGAUUCGAAGAUUGAAAAAUUCAAUUCGAAGCUCCUCAGGGCAAAAUCAAAACUGGAAACAGUUUCUGCAGCAGAAGAAAGAACCAGUUCUCUUGGUGUCAAUUUAACUGGAUCGCUUGAGAAGUUGAUGGCUGAUAAUGAAGCUGCAAAGAAAGAAGAGCUGAUUCUUAAAGAAGAAACGGGUCUCGUCAAGGCCGAGAUACACAAAGCCGAGCUUGAAAUAGAGGAAAAGGAGAAAGAGUUGCUUGCCAAACUGAACGAGCUCGAGAAAGUGAAGGAGGCCGAGGCUUUAGCACUGGAGAAGCUGGAAUCUAUGAUAGAGAACACAAUGGAAGCUCGGGGAUCGGUUUCUCAGCAGGGUUCAACCAUCACAAUCUCCAGAUUCGAGUACGAGUAUUUGACCGGGCAUGCUUCUCAGGCAGAAGAAACUGCAGAGAAGAAAGUUGCAGCAGCAGAGGCAUGGGUUGAAGCGCUGAAGGCUAGCACGAGGGCCAUUACUAUGAAGACUGAAACUUUCAAGAGAGCAAGUGGAGUGACGAGGACAGAAGAAGAACGAGAAGCCUUUAGAGCGCAGAGAUCGCUCUCUAAAAAGAGAAUGGUCGAGCAAGAGAUAGAGAAUCUCAAGCAGAACCCAGAUGGCGAAAGCUUCCUCAAUGCGAAACCCGUAAGAAAAUCCACGAGGUUGAGUGGGAAAUAUACGCCGACGCAGAGAGGGAAGCCGAGAAGGUUGUCAAUGGCAAACAGGGGAACACCCACUUUCUUCAUCAUCAAGAAGAAGAAGAAAGUUCCAAACUUGGUGAAGUUUUUUAAGAUGAAAAGGUAAAAACUUGAAGCCCUUCGCAUGAGAAUUGCCUCUUCUUCUUGGACUUGAAGCCUUGUAGUGUUUUGGUUGGUUGUCACUGUAAACUGAUAACAUACAGUAAUCUAUGCUUUGUUUUACCAUCGUGUCAUUACCAGAGAGAAUUUAUA